AUGUCACCCUCUCAAGAAAUUCAAAAUCUCAAGAAACACGAUUCUUUGGAAGAAGCCAUUCUGAGUCUUAUUUGCUUAUCAAAUAAAAAGAAUGAACUCAAAUCUUCCUAUAAAGGGGGGUUUUCGGAUUCAUUUGUAGAAAAGUUGCCCCCGUCUACAAGAUUAAGAUAUGACAGAUAUGAUGUUGAUUUAUCCGAAGGGUAUCCUGCAAGGCCACUGACGGAAGAGAUUCCGGUAUUUCUUGACGAGGCCGUUGCGAUUAGAAAUGAAGAACUACCGUACAUUGAAAGAGCAAAAAUUGCUGACCCAGACAAAAAGGCUUUGCUUGGUUCAGCAAAAGAUGUUAUACACUUGACGAAGCACAUUGGUACAGAGAUAGUGGGAUUGCAGUUAAAGGAUUUAACUGAUCAACAAAAGGAUGAACUUGCUCUUUUGAUUGCUGAACGUGUGGUGGUGUUUUUCAGAAAUCAAGAUUUAUCUCCACAAAAACAGUACGAGUUGGGAAGUUAUUGGGGUAACGUAGAGAAACACGCUCAGGCUGCACAUGUCCCAGGGAUUCGGGGAAUUACUGUUAUUUGGCCCGAUUUUCAAUUAAAGCAAGGUUUAAAUGCCAAUUUUAAGAAUCCUGCUGGAGGGUGGCAUACAGACUUGACCCAUGAAUUACAAACUCCAGGCAUAACUCAUUUGCAUAACGAUGCUAUUCCUAAAGUCGGAGGUGAUACCGCGUGGGCUUCAGGAUACGCUGCCUAUGACAAGUUGUCGCCAGCUUUUCAGAAGUUUUUGGAGGGUAAGGAUGGCGUCUACAUAUCUGCUCACGAAUAUAUUGAUCGGAAUGAUCCUUUAAAAGGAAGGAAAAGAAUUGAAAGAGAGCACCCAAUUAUUAGAACAAAUCCUGCAACCGGCUGGAAGUCAUUGUUCGUAAAUCGGUCUAUGACAAGAAGAAUCGUAGGUUUAGAGCCAGAAGAAUCGAAGGUAAUUUUAGAAUAUCUAUUUGGAAUCUUUGAGAAGAAUUUAGAUAUCCAAGUUCGUUUUAAAUGGCAACCAACUGAGGAAGGCUUGGGUACUUCUGCCUUAUGGGAUAACAGAGUAAGCCAACAUUUUGCCAUAUGGGAUUAUGAAGCAAAAGAACCAAGGCAUGGUACCAGAGUAUCCUCUUUGGCUGAAAUACCAUAUUUUGAUCCUUCAUCAAAAUCACAAAGAGAAUCAUUAGGUUUAGAUUGA